UGUUACAUUAUUUUUAGUUAAAUCAAAUGUCAUAUACAUUUUGUCGUGUUGUCGUUUCAGAAAUCGUUUCAUUUAAAAUUUAUGUCGCUUUUCAUUAACCCAUCUACAUAUUUGUGGUCGUUCCAAUGAAUUUAUAGUGUUGGAGGGUCGAAGCAAUAAUCAAUGGUUUUAGCUGGAAAACGUUUUUAUUGGCCGUACGGAAUUAUUGAAAUUGUGAUUUAUGAUUGGCAGUAUGCUGCAUCAUCGUUAACAAGAGUUUAUUAGACGGAAGAAUUUAAAUUUGCAAGUGAAAAAGGUGGGGGGGUCGUUUUAACAUAAUAAUAAUAAUUUGACCGAAGGCAGAGUUAGUAAAAAUCAACAGAACGCGCCUCACGGCUCUAGUGGCAUUGUGAAUCUGUCUUGUCUACGGUAAGUUUCGAGCGCUAGCGAAGUUGAAAGAUACCUACUAACGCCGCGAAUAAACGCUUUAUGCUAAUGGACAUCUAAACUUUCAAGAUGGCCGCCGAUUCGGGAAUGGAUACGUGUCCGUCGCCAGAAAUUGCCGAUUCCAGGAAAAGACCUCUGGACGGGGACAUCGAGAACGUAGAUUCGAAACGUUCACAUUUUAGCUCAGGAGGCGAUGGAACCUAUCAUUUUAAGCUGCUCGUGCCUAGUGUGGCGGCGGGGGCUAUUAUCGGAAAAGGGGGUGAGACGAUUGCUCAGCUUCAAAAGGACACCGGGGCGCGGGUCAAGAUGUCGAAAUCACACGAUUUUUAUCCCGGAACGACAGAACGUGUUUGUUUGAUAACAGGCAACGUAGACGCCAUUGUACAAGUUUUGGAUUUUAUUAUGGAAAAAAUUAAGGAAAAGCCAGAUGUAAAACCCGCAAUAGACGGUUUAGAUGGCAAACUAGGACAAGACAGGGACAAACAAGUGAAAAUAUUGGUCCCAAAUUCAACGGCUGGCAUGAUCAUCGGCAAGGCUGGUAACUAUAUCAAACAAAUAAAAGAAACGACCGGUUCAUACGUCCAAAUUUCCCAAAAAGCCAAAGAUAUGACUCUCCAAGAGAGGUGCAUUACUGUGAUAGGUGAAAAGGAAGCUAAUAAGCAAGCCUGUUUGAUGAUAUUAGCAAAAGUAGUUGAAGAUCCUCAAAGUGGUACCUGCUUGAAUGUGUCUUACGCUGAUAUAAAUGGUCCAGUUGCAAACUAUAACCCUACCGGGUCACCGUAUGCACAAAACACUGGUAGUGCAUUUAAUGCGUCCACAACUAGUCUGAACAGCGGUCUUAGUUCCGUUUCACAAAGUCUCUUGCUCAAUGGAGGACUCAAUCUCAGUCUGAACCUUAAUGCGCCUGGACAGAAUAUGGCCACACUUACGGCUCAACUUUUGGAUCACAUUAAGUUACAAUUAAGGAGUUCCGGUUUUACCGAAGCCCAAUUGGUUGAGAUUUGUGCCGCUCUAUCUGUUCUGGCUAAGUACGGUAUUCUGGGAAUGGGUCUGGGUCUGGGCGGAGCGCCCACUGCUGCUCUGCCCGUUUCGAAUUACCUGAGCGUUAUGGAACAGGCGACCGCAGCCGCAGCUAACGCCAACACGGGCGUGUUCGGCCCCAUUGGACAAGUUAGUCUCGGUGAGUGCUUAGGCUCGUUGACAGGUGCGACAUCACCAACGCCCCGGCCGAGCUUGGAAAGGUACGAAACGUUUGAUCCAUUCAGGCACCCAAACUCGCCAGCCACUGCUCCCAUAUCGAUCAACAACAACAGUUUUGGAUUGGGAACUGGGCAGCAGAUGGCCAUAUUGAAUAAGAGUCCCACUCCAGCAGAAUUGCAGAACAAGGAUUCCAAGAAUGUUGAAAUACCAGAGGUCAUUGUUGGCGCCAUUCUCGGGCCUGGUGGCAGGUCUCUCGUAGAAAUCCAGAACAUUAGUGGCGCAAACAUCCAGAUCUCGAAAAAGGGCAUCUUCGCUCCAGGUACCCGAAAUCGUAUCGUAACAAUCACUGGAAGCCCGAAUGCUAUCAAUACUGCAACCUACUUGAUCGAGCAGCGCAUUUCCGAAGAGGAGAUGAAGAGGGCCAGAAACAACUCGCUCAGUUCUCUCGGGAUACAGUGAUUCUCAUUACAAGUAAUUGGUGGUACAAAGGACGUAUGUCUUGUCUUUCUUCUAUUUUAUUAUUUUUGGUUGUCCUUUUUAUCAGACGCUUUAAAUUCCAUGUGCGACUACAAUGUUUUUCUCUUGAUUGUUUCAUUUUUUAUUUUGGAGUUAUUGUUCCUUUAUUGAACUAACAAAAAAGUCAACAUUGAGGGGUAUUACAGAGGAUUUAAAAAAAAUGUCUGUAAAUGUAAUGAGAGGGAUGCAAUUUGUAUCCCUGAAAUACAUGUAUAUGUAUAUCUUGAAUAUUGGAAUCGCGUUAAAGUCGCUGUGCGGUAGAUAAAGCCUGGUGUUUUUAUUACUAUUAUUAUUAUUAUUAUUGUUUUUUGAUAAAUUUUGUUUUU